AGAUUGUCGAAAUUUCUCGAUGACUUGCGUCGCGUGGGUUACUCUGCUCCAGUGCCGGAGAUAUCACGCCUGCCUGGUGAUUAGCGAUCACCUCCCUGAGGUGAGGAGGUCCAACCAGCCUUCUUCCCAAGCUAAUCGUAACAAUAAUAGACCAGGUAUGGCCGAUGCUUCUCUUUCGAUUUUCAUCUCUGUUUCGUCAUUGCCGGAGCAAUUUCCGGUGAUUGCACCGUCCGAUCUUCAACUAGGUGGUUACCAAUGUGAAGGUGAAGGCUGUCAUGGGACUCGUACAACUGAAGCAGGAAAGAUGAUCAGGAUAUUGAACAAGCUAAGGAAAACCUCAUUCCGAGAUUGGAGGGAAGAAAAUUGUUCAAGAUGGGGAAGGAAGAUAUAAAAAUCUGCUGAAGAAAACUUAUUUCAAACGCUGGGUUGGUGAUUCAAAAGGAAACGAUGCUGAAUCUUACCUGAGUU